AUGAAGCUUCUAUAUCGUUUUUUGCUAGCUACAGUUGUGAUUUUUUUCGUGGUUUCGACUGUUGACAGCUCGAAGAGAUUGCACACGGAUACAUCAAAACCAUUGUGUGGACUAUGCGUCAAUAUUGUGAAUCAGCUUGAUAAGGUUUUAGAGCACGGAGGUGAUAUUGAAGAGGCUGUUGACAAGUUCUGCAAAGAAGAUGUUCCAUCUUUCAUGGUUGAUAUGUGUGAGAAAGUGAUCGAAAAGAAUCUGGAAGUCAUCAUCGAGAAGCUCAAGAAUCACGAAGCCGCUGAGAAGAUCUGUACUGACAUCUUCCUUUGCCGUACCCCGAAAAAGUAUUAUUUCUUGGAAACUGAAAAGUAA